AUGAAAAAUGCAGGAGCUCCAAAGACAGCCGUGAGCCAGAGCACCUCGCUCAGCCGUGAUCACGUGACACAGCACUUCAUUGACUUCCUGAAGACCUUCCAGAGACCCGGAUAUGACAUUUUUAAACAGUGCCAUGCCUUCGUUGAAAAUAUUGCACACAAAAAGGUGGCUGCAGGUGGUGAAGAUUUCUCAGACUCGGUGCAGGAUUUCUAUCAAAACAUGUCAGAAUACCUACAGAACAACUUAAAAGGGUCUCCAGAUGUGAUGGAGACGGUGAUGGAUGAGGUGGAGCGGUAUGUGAUGGGCCGUCUGUGUAAGCAGCUCUUCUGCCCUGACAACACAGACGAUGAGAAGAAAGACCUGGCCGUCCAGAAGAGAAUCAGGGCUUUGCACUGGGUGUCCAUUGAGAUGCUGUGUGCUCCAGUAGACGAGCAGAUCCCUAAAGUAUCAGACAGUGUGGAGAGAGCCAUAACAGACCUGAUUGACUUGGACUCUAAAAAGGUCCCCAAGGACAAGUUGGCGUGUGUCACCAGGUGUAGUAAACACAUCAUGACUGCCGUCCAGGGAAGUAAGAAAGCCGCCGCCUCGGCUGAUGACUUUCUACCCACUCUCGUCUACAUCGUGCUGAAGGCCAAUCCGCCUCGAUUACACUCCAACAUCCAGUACAUCACCCGCUUCUGCAACCCCAGCCGCCUCAUGAGCGGAGAGGACGGCUAUUACUUCACCAACCUGUGCUGCGCCGUGGCUUUCAUCGAGAAGCUUGAUGCGCAGUCGCUGAACCUGAGUCAUGAAGACUUUGAGCUCUACAUGUCCGGUGCAUCGUCUCCGCCGGGUCCCAAGGCCGCUUCAUCCGGCUUUAGAGAGGAGCGCUGCAUGGCAGAACCACAGCUGGAGCCGAGGAGAGCCGAGGAGACGCGGCCUCUGGAAACAGACCUCAUCGAAUGGAGCGAAGGCCAGGAGCUCUCAGUGCUGGGCAUGUUGGAAGGGACUCCUGUACAGACACACAUCUCUACAGCAUUCACUAUUGACUCAGACAACAUAGGCGGCGACAGCCUGCCUCCUCCAUUACAGCCGCAGAAGUUCGCUGGAUAGCUCCUAACUUAACUGGGCACAGACUGACAACAACUGGCGAUUCUCCCCACAUUUCUUCUGUCUGCAGGUCAGUCAUGGUCUCUGAAUACAUUCACACUUCGGUUCUUUAUAGGGUGAUCAGCGGUCAUAGGUUUAGAUUUUACUCCAAAAUGAAAACAAAUAAUUAGAAGAGAAUUUGAAUUCUAGUUUUAGGACCAUUACGAUUUUUCGUGGCAAAAAAACAAAAAAAACAAUACUUGAUAUUAUAAUGUAUUUAUAUGUCAUCAUGGUGGUAUUGGCUGCACUGCAUUUCAUUUGUGUAAAUAUAAAUGUUAAAAAUUGUAUUGCAUUACUGAGAAUCCAGUGAGAAUCACUACUGAGAACGAGAACUACAAAGAAAAAGAUAAAUGUUUUAUGCUGUUUUGAAAAUAAUGUUACAAUGCCAAAAAAAAAAACGGUCAUCAUUAGUAUCAAAAAAUAAGCAUUUGAUAAGCUAUUGAUUUUGGGGUGAAAUAUGGCCUGGGAAUGUUUUCAUGAGAUUCGCUGUGAUAUAAUAAUAUAGAUUCUCUUCUUGACCUCCUUUCCGUUCAUUUUUAAUUGGACAAGAAGAGUGUGAAUUUAGACAGAUGGUGGGUAUUAAUUAUAAAUUGUUUAAAUUUAUUGUUUCUUGCACUGAUUUUAUUGCUUUAUGCAACUCACUGAAAUAUGAGAAUACAUAACUUAUUAGUACACAUAAUUUAUUUCAGUUUUGCCUCAACUUAAGUCAACUUAAGAGUUUCAACUCGGCUUCCUUAAGUUUUCUGGCCAUUAUUAUUGGCAUUAGUGGUCUUUUGAAUUGAGAAUUAAAAAUUAGGACAGAACCGGUGUGGGUUAGAUUUAUAUAGCUGCCCUAUUAAUAGUAUAGUUGAGUCACUCAGAAUCCGGUGUGAAGUGAUCUUUACUCUGGUUAUUGUUAUGCUAGGAUUUGUUAAGGCAUGCUGUGAUGAACAGUAGUUAUGCUACAGAUGAGCUUGUGGUUUAAUGGACACCAGUGCAUUAGUAAACAAGAAUUCACUCAGUGUAACAAAUGAAUCUAUUUAAAAAUGUAUAAUCAUAUAUUUAUUUUCUUCAUAUUUAACUUUGAAGAAAUGAUGUUACAGUAUGAAAGAAAAACUGAUUUUAUGAUUUAGUGAGUUAAUUAUUUUAAACAUCAUUUUUGAUCUUUUGUCUUAUAAAAAAUAUCGCUUAUGCAUGCAAAGUUACAGUUUUGCUGUGGUAUGUGGUAUCCCAUUACGAACAUAUUGUAACCUCAUUUAGUUAUCUAAAUGAUCUGGGUAUGAAGCCAGAAGUAUGCUAUUUAAAUGGUUAUAAAUAAAAUGAUCUACUGAAAGCACUGGUGUUUAAUUUGU